AACUUUUAGUCACGUGAUCCGAUUGCUGAAGCGAUCAAUAAACGCUCGAUCACUGGGAAGAACGCGCAAGUUUCGCCAUUUUCGUCUGCAGGAUAAAUUAUUAUAUUGAUUAUCAAUAUAAUUAAAUCAAUUAAGUGAGUUAUGUUGGAUGUUUAAAGCUUGAUAAAAUAAAUUCAUUCUUACCUAUUACAUAAGGACAUAGCAUCUUUUUAUUUCCGGUGAAAGUCACGUGACAAAAUGGCUGGCGGAUUCGGGGCAGCUUCGUUGCCCCUUAUUUCUUCGAUAGCUCUGUUGGCAGGGGCUGUGCUAGUUAUUCUCGGAUUCGCAGCGCCAUUCUGGGCUAAUGAUGGCGUUCAUUAUGUCGGACUUUGGAGGUACGGACGCUGUAUAAACCCCGAAAGUAAAGACUGUUAUAUAUACGAUCAGCCAAGCUUAAUGCAUAUUCCAACAUGGCUGCAUAUUACCCGAGCCCUGGAAUGCUGUGCGGUGGUCUUCGUGUCAUUACCGCUGGUGAUACUUCCGGUAUACAUGUAUGUGGCACUGGGAAUGUACUACCGCUGCAUGAUGGGAACCAUGUGUGUUUUAUGUCUUCUUUCAACUGCAACGGGCAUUGCGGGUGUGAUUGUUUACGGCAUAAAUGUGAAUGACAACGGCUGGGAUGUCGCUUGGAGUUUGAUUUGUGUUGUCGUCGGUUGCGCAUGCAUUUUCAUCGGGUUCUUGGUGCUGCUUGUUUCAAUGAUUUCUAAGCGUCCAGCAGGAAUCACAGAACCCUAUUACCCAACAACGAUCUAUGUAGACCCAAAGAAGAACAAACUCUACACAAUAAGACUUGAAGAAGAGGAUGACUGAUUUUAUAUUGUAAUCUGAAGGGAACUUUUGUCCCCAUGUUGCUUGUCCUAAAAGGAUCUCACAAUUUUAAACUCAUAGAAGAUUUCUUACAAGGCAGAUGCUUACCAAUGGCAAUUCUUAUUAGCAUAUUUCGCACACACUUGGCACGUGGCUUAUAAAAACUGUUCAGAAGUAAACUUAUCAAGUUAUGAAAUCACACUUUAAAGUAAACAUUUUUGACCUCAUGGAACAAUGGCAAAAGCUAUCAUCAAUAUCAUCAUCUUCAGUAAUCGCCUCACUCUAGAAGAGUAUACUCGCGAUUUGAUUAAAUACUGUAUAUUUUGUUAUCUAUUAAUUUCAUAUCGCUUUAGCAAUGCUCAGAUCUAAUAUUGCUUAAAUGCAAAGCUGCAUUUUCAGUUAGCAGGUGUCUCCCUCUUCACCGCAUAGCAUGUUUUCGAUUUUUGGAUAUAAACUUUAUGAAAGAAACUAGUUUAGUGCUGUAUAAUAUAGCGACAUUUUUGUAGGUGAUUUUUAUAGCUGAUACAGGAACUCUACCUUGUAAAUUAAAUUAGAUAUGCUUUUUUAUACUUGCCAAUAUAUAUUUGUCUGUUGAUAUUUUUAUAUACGAUUUUAUAUAAAUGAGACAAUGUUAA